CUGACUGUUUCCAGGGAUAGUACGAGUGACAGAGAAAUCAUAGAGACGGUGAGAAAGAGAAAUAAUCUGUCGAGAAAUGGGAAGAAACUCAGGUUUCGAAAAGGAGGGAUUGAAGAAAGGUAUGUGGUCUGCUCGCGAAGACCAGGUUCUCCAGAACUACGUCAAAAAACACGGUCCAGGCAAAUGGGGAAAAACAGCAAGGGAGACUGGUCUGAAGAGAUGUGGGAAGAGUGUGAGACUGAGAUGGUUGAAUUAUCUGAGGCCCGGUAUCAAGAAAGGCAACAUUACAGAAGAUGAAGAAGACCUUAUUAUCAGGAUGCACAAACUCGUAGGCAACAGGUGGUCAUUGAUAGCAGGAAGGAUUCCGGGCCGAACAGACAAUGAAAUAAAAAACUACUGGAACUCCACUCUAAGGAAGAAGCUGGCAGAACAGAAAGAAAAGGAAUCAGAAAUGUCGAGAAACGAGAUGAUCAAGGAGAACUUGCCAUCCCCCGUUGGGGACGAUGGUAAUCAACAUUUAACCAAAUGCGAUGUAGUUGUUGGCGGAGGAGGAGGAUUGAUGUGUUUUGCCAGUAAUGUUAAUGUAGAAGAAGAUCAUCAGCGUCGUUGUCUUGGCGGUACUAGUACUGAUACUACUAUACUGAGUCCCAGAGUGGGAGACGGAACCGGAGGCGGGGCAAACAAUAAUAUCGAACCAGCUGGGGAUGAUCUCAAUUAUAACGCUAUGACCUGGAACGAUUCGAUAAUGGAUUUGAAUGGAGGCCAACUCUACAUGUCGGAAUUCCUCCAAACUGAAUUUUCGAAGUUUUGGGAAGAAACAGAUAGGUUCUUGAAUUUUGAAGUCGGAGGUUGCAGCACCAUUAAUCAUGAGUUGCCAAAUAAUUGGGAUGGCUAAUUAUCUUCCCGGAGCUAUACUACUUUGUCUUUUUGUAUUUUUUUUUGUUUUUUUUUUUUUCAAUCGAAAUUUGAUUCUCGCAUAUAUUAAUUCUUAAUUUGCAUGGCGAGGGCAUUAUAUUAAUAAAAUUGGUCACUUCUAUUCUAUAUCAUGUG